UGAAGGCGGAGAGCGGAAAUCUUGCAUGCAGCCAUGGCCCGGGCUCGCGUGUCCCUGUGGGCCAUCUGCAUGCUGCGCCUGGCGCUGGCCACUGUUUAUUUCCAAGAGGAGUUUCUAGACGGAGAGCACUGGAGGAACCGCUGGGUGCAGUCCACCAAUGACUCCCAGUUCGGGCAUUUCAGAAUCUCGUCUGGAAAGUUCUAUGGGCAUAAAGAGAAAGACAAAGGCCUGCAGACGACCCAGAACAGCCGCUUCUACGCCCUCUCGGCGCGCUUCCCGACCUUCAGCAACAAAGGGCGGAACCUGGUGAUCCAGUACACGGUGAAGCACGAGCAGAAGAUGGACUGCGGAGGCGGCUACAUCAAGGUCUUCCCCUCCGACCUGGACCAGAGGGCUCUGAACCGGAACUCGCAGUACUACAUCAUGUUUGGACCUGAUAUAUGUGGAUUUGAUGUUAAGAAAGUUCAUGUCAUCUUAUAUUUCAAGAAUCAGUAUCAUGAAAACAAGAAGCCAAUCAGAUGCAAGGUUGAUGCCUUCACUCACCUCUACUCUCUGACCUUAAGGCCAGAUCUUUCUUACGAGGUAAAAAUUGAUGGCCAGUCCAUUGAAUCCGGCAGCAUUGAGUAUGACUGGAACCUGACGUCACUGAAGAAGAUGGAGAAGACCUCCUCGGAGCCUCCGGACUGGGGGCAGGUGGAGGGCAGCGAAGCCCAGGGUUGGGAGAAGCACUUCCUGGAUGCGGGUGCCAGCAAGCCGAGCGACUGGAACAGUGAGCUGGAUGGGGACUGGCUGCAGAAGCCACCAUACGAGGAUGGCCUGAAAGCCAAGGGCAUUGACAGAGACGUGUGGCUGCACCAGAAGAUGAAGCCGGCCAGCUACCUGACGCAGUACGACCUCUCGGAGUUUGAGAACAUUGGUGUCAUCGGUCUAGAGCUGUGGCAGGUGAGAUCUGGAACCAUCUUUGAUAACUUCCUGAUCACAGAUGAUGAAGAAUAUGCAGACAGGUUUGGCAAGGCCACCUGGGGGGAAACUAAGGGUCCAGAGAAGGAGAUGGAUGCCGUACAGGCCAAAGAAGAAGUGAAAAAAGCCCGUGAGGAAGAUGAGGAGGAGCUGCGGACGGGGAAGCCUCAUAGGCACAACCACUUCAACAACUUUCACAGGCAGAGAGAGCUGUAGU